AUGGAUCUCCACAUCUUCUUCUUGCCAUUUCUUGCCCCGGGCCACAUGAUUCCCAUGAUCGACCUUGCUAGGCUCUUAGCUGACCGUGGAGCCAAGGCCACCAUCAUCACCACCACUGCAAACGUCCCCCUUAUCCAACCGACCAUAGACCUCGCCUACAACUCUCGCCACCACCAAAUCCAGCUCCUUGCCAUUCCCUUCCCCUACUCAGAAUCCGGCGUCCUUGAAGGCCAUGAAAACCUUACCGCCUUGCCCAACCCAGACAUGCCCCCUGAAUUCCAUGCGGCCAUCUGCAUGCUCGAGGCCCCCUUCAGGCAGCUUGCCAAAGACCACCACCCCGACUGCAUCAUAUCCGACAUCCUCUACCCGUGGUCGGCCAGCCUCGCCCGUGAGCUCGGCAUACCAAGGCUUGUCUUCCACGGCACGAGCUUCUUCUCCGUCAUCCUCGUCGGUGUCAUCGGUCGUCUCAAGCCCCACGAGAGCGUCGCUAGCGACGAGCAGCCCUGUUGA